GAUCUGGGGUGGCAGAGAGAGAGAGUGUUAACGAAUACCGGGAGAAAAUGAUGAGCAAGGCCAUCGCCAAAGUGUGCAAGAUGAAUCGAGCCGACUACGAGAAGAAAAUCAGAGAGUUUCAGAUGCAGGCCAUAAUGGAGGAGAAGGUGAAGAUAAAGAAGAAACAGCAGAAGGGAAUGAUGAAGGAACCGCCAUCUAAAAUCAGCCUGAGCUGCAGGCAGUGCAUUGUGUUUGUGUGCUCUGGAGAAGACAUUGAGAAGAUUGAGAACAUGCACCAUGUCAAUGUCACUCCGCAAUUUAG